CCCAAUUUGCCCUCAGACCAUUCAAUUUCCCCCAAACCUCUCCCAGAUCGAACUCGAAUUCUUCUUCAAUUCUUUUGGUAAUUUUCAAAUUAAAUCUCCGAUUCAUUCGAUUCGUUCCUUUAUCUAUCGAUUGACCCCCUUUUUUGAUUCCGUUUUCGGAAUUUCGAGAACCCUAAUUUUGCGACAUCGAAAUUUUCGAUCUCCUCCGUGAAGCCUUCAAUCGGUCGAUUCUUUACGUAUAUAUCAUCGUCUUGUUAUUUAUUCUUGUUUCCCCAAAAAAAUUUAGCCUUACAAUUGUAAAUUUUUGGUCGUCGGAUUCGUAGCUAGGGUUUCGGGUGGUUCUUGGAUUCUUUAUUGCUUGGAUCUUGAAAUUUGUUUAGGGCUUUGGUAAGUCUUGCUCCGAAUUGUCCUUUUUAGCCAGAUUCUGAUGUCAAUUUCGUUGUUUUUGCGUUUUUAAUUUUGAACCUAGGGUUAGGGUUUUGCGAAAAUUUGGGGAAUUAUUUAAUUGGUUGACUUGUAUUGGGGAUAGGGGGUUAUGCAAGAUAAUGCCAUUCUCUCUCUGUUUAUAGUGAAAAUUAAGAUUAUCAUGUUUUCUCAUGUGCCUAUUAAAAGUAUUAAGUACUUGUAUAUUUGUUAAAUGGAAUUUCAUUUCUCUGUUUAUGUUUUAUAGUUUUUAUGCUGUACCAGUUUUGUGUACAAUAGUGUUGAACUUUGUUAAUUUGACUGUGUCUUUGCAAAACUUCUUAGAUAAUAAACCCAAAAGCCAGCAUGUUUAAGUAGUAUCUGACCUGUUAUGGGAAGUUCUUUUGAGUUGCCAAUAAUGAAUAUGAUGCUUCCUACUGCUGACUUAGCUCUGCAAUGUUGUCACCUUUUAUUUAUGUUAUGUUGUUUUAGAUGUUCUUACUAGCUCCUCUUUACUGAGGAGCUUAGCUGUGGGUGAAGAUUCUGAAACCUAUUUUGCACAUGAUGUGAAUGCCUGUGUUGGACAUGUAAUGUCCGGGGAUGAGUUCUAGUUAUGAUUAGCGUCCUGUUUUCUGCUUUUUAUUGAAAGAUUGAUUACUUGUUAAUUAUGACCUUUUAAUGGCAAUAGCACUCUUUCAGAGAUGGGAGGAGAACGCAUUGGCCUUAAACAUGGUGUCAUUUAGCACCCGAUUUUUAUGUCUGAUGUGAAUAGGAAUAUGUGAAUGUGUGUGCAUUUCUUGCGGUAUCUAGACAUGUUCUAGAAUUGCUUCAUUCUGACUAUUCAUGUGUCAUCACUUUUGAUAGAACUCUCUGGAUUGUUCUUGGCCUGUGCAAUUGAUCGAUUUUCUUCCCUUCCAUCUUUGUUAUCCAGUGGAGCUAUGGGAGUUAAACGUCCUUUUGAUGAGGAGCUGCAGGAGUCUUCUUUUAAGCAAGCUAAACAACUUGAAUCUGACAAUGUAUGGAGCUCUGUUACCAAGGAUUUCUCAUCUCAUGAUGUCAGUGAGAGUGCAUAUGAUCGAGGUGAAGCAGGGGAAAACUUUGAUAAAUUCCUGUUGCUCAAAGACUUUGAGAAUGAAGGUUCUCAUUUGACGUCAAGUGUGGCUGACAAGGAGUUGGAAACUAGUGCACCUUUAUCGUGGGUCACCAGUAGCAGCAGUGAGGAAGAUGCUGGAUCAGGACAUCCAUUUCCUCCAUCUUUCUUUGCGGAGUUCUUUCCCUUCAACUUCCCCAGACGGACAGUGCAUCAGCUAGAAGAUGGUUAUUCAGCUCUGAUGAAUUCUUCUCCAAGGAAGCAGAUUCCAAUCGGACCUGAUUAUCAAGCUGAAAUUCCACCGUGGAACCCAGAUAGUAUCAGUGAUGAGAACGACCUACGGGUGGGGCGUUGUGUUAUUUCACCGUCUCUCUCGGAGGAUUUGACUCAAGGUGAGGUGAAGAUUGGUCAAGGUAGGGAAGAGUGUAACUGCUUGGAUGAAGGUUCUGUCAGAUGCGUGCGACAGCAUAUCCAAGAAGCGAGAGAGAAACUUAAAGAGGCCAUUGGUGUGGAACGAUUUGCAGAUUUGGGCUUCUAUGAUAUGGGGGAAGAAGUGGCAUGUAAGUGGACCGAGGAAGAUGAAGGUAUCUUUCAUGAGGUUGUUUACUCGAAUCCUGUGUCUCUAGGGAGGAAUUUCUGGAGGCAACUACCUGUGGUAUUUCCUCAUAGAACAAUGAAGGAACUUGUGAGUUACUACUUCAAUGUCUUCAUACUCCGUAGGCGAGCAGUUCAAAACAGAUCAGAUUCAUUGGAUAUUGACAGUGACGAUGAUGAGUGGCAAGGAAAUGGACAAAGUUUCUUUGGACGUGUAGAAGAUGACGAUGAAUUGGCAGUAGAGUCAUUUGGGCAUCAAGACAUUCAGGCAGGAUCUGAAGAUGAUAUUCGUUAUGAUGAUGAUGGUGAUGAUGAUGAUGACAGUGACAACGGUGAUGGUGAUGAUGGCGAAUCUGGUGGAGAUGUAGAUAGAAGAGCUGAUGGAGGAGAUGAUACUAACAGGGAAUAUAUGAGAAGUCCAUUCUCAAAAUCCUAUGCAUCCCAGAUGCAGAAUGACAUCAAUUCUGAUUGUGUUCCUAAUGUGAGUAAUCCUGGUGAUACUAGAAAAGUAAAUACAGCCCCGGAAGAUUCAGGUACCUCUUGUGAAAGCCAGCUCGGAUCUUGUAUUUCAUCUGGACAUGAUACUGGGAAAAGCACGAUUAGAGAUGAUUUGACUGGAUACUUCACUGGAGAAAGCAACGAUUCUAGUGAAGGCUUGGACUCCGGAUUUUUCCUGGAUCAUGGUGAUGCAAGAGUCUGGGAUGAAUCUCAUUCGACAGGUUUUGCAACAGGGAUUGAUUUUUUGCCAACUUGCAACAUGAUUGAAGAAAUUUUCGGACCAUUUUCCUCGAAGAGGAACUGAUGAGACCCGAAGUUUUUGGAUAAAAGCCAUCUGGAGACUUCCUUUUUGUGUCUGUUUUUUCUUUCAACUGUUGGUUGAUGCCAAGCUGAAUCUGGAGGCAGUGAGGUUUGCUAAAGCAAGAAGAAGCUGAGGGCAUUGUCCUAUUCUGUUUGACUUUUGUACAUAUAAUCUGUUUCAAUGGACCAAGGGGUUCUCUCGGAAUGAACCCGUUUCUCUCUCUUCUGUAGCUCCUCCAUUAUUAGAUUUAGCCCUCUUCAUCUUAGCCAACCCUCCAAAAUUUUGCUGUCAUUUAUUCCGAGUCAUUUCCUUCUGAAAUGUCAAAAUAUAGUCUUAAUUUAUUCCCCCAAUACUAUUGGUCAACCUGAAACUGUCACUGCCACAUUUGACUUUUAUUUAACUUUUCCUAGUACUUUAACUUAUUGCACCUUUGCAACCUUACGAAUGUCAACUUUAUAAAUUUUCCCAACACCACAUUACUCUAUAUUAUCUCCAUUCUAAGAUGAUUAUAACAUGACGUAUCAUGAAACUUGGUAAUCUUAAAAAAUAAUUAUUUUAAAUCUCUGCUAUUUUUGAGAAUUUUACUAUGAUUUUUU